AAAAGAAAAACUCCCCGCAGCAGGACGUUCAGUGAAAAUUUGCGUUAUUUUCUGGAAUCCGGUGCGAAAAGUGUCAUUAAAUGGCAAAAAUUGGCUACUAUCGUGAGGGGGGAUGUGUAUUCCGUGCGGGUUCGGUGUUUUACUAGGUGGAAAUCCGGAUUUAUCGGGUUUCAGUUUGAAAAAAAUGGAUCCCGUUUGCCAUCAUCAUCGUCGUCGUCUUUUUCGUUUUACUAGUGGUCGUAGAAGUGAUGAUGGUUAUAAUUGUUUUGAAGGGAACAGAAGAAGCGAAUCGAUAGGAGGGAUUGAUUAUUCGGUGCAUAAAACUGAUAAAACCUGCAUAAUUCAUUGGUGGAAGCUUGAAAAAAGUGUUAAUUGCGACAAUGAUCAUUGUUAAUCGAUUCUCGACGGAAUUUGUUAAAAAGAAAGUGAACGAAAAAGCAGAAAAAAUACUGGAAGUGACAAAAAAAAAUCUGUGCUUGCUGAGAUGGCAGCACCUUCGAUGGUUUGCUUCGUUUACUUCAAAAGGUUCAUGUCAACACUUGCAAAAGGCCAAUUGUGCCUAGUGACAUCUAGCGGUAACGCUUUGAAGGUGAUGUAGAAAACAGAAAAAUAAACCCAUAUAGUGACGUGUGACGUCAGUGUAGUUUACGAAAACAAUUUUGUGCAUCAGAAUCUUUGGAGUUGGAGCGGUAGAAAUUCAUUGGAGUUGUCUCCCAGAGCUGUUGAUCCAUCUCUUGAGAACACUAAGUUCUGCGUAUACGUUACGACGCACCACCCCAGCAGAGGUGGUUGGCGUUGAACCAACAAAAACAACGGUUACUGCAGCAGCAGCAUAUUCGCGUCAACAUACGACAACACAAUCCCAACUAAGGGUAUCUGGCGGUGCAAUGUAAAAUCAAUGGCUGCUCUGCAUAUUAAAGUAGCUUCCCAGAAGGAAAACGCAAAUAACAGAAGAAACAAAAACAAACAAAAAUAAUAGAAAAUAUCCACAAAGUGUUAAUAUUUAAUUUCUAACUAUAAUGUAAUAACCGUUAAGUCACAUUAAUCAUCAACUCACGAAAGAUAAGAAUAAGUCUUAAAGACGCUGAAAACUUGAGCAGUUAGCAGCACCAAAGCCUAUUACCUCGAUCUCACCAGGAAAGAGGUUCAGCACCUGUAAUAUAUUACUCAAAAACCCUAGUAGAAACUGUCUCAUCAAGAAACCUCACAAACACACACACACACAAAAAGGAAACACCAUUCCGGUACACAAAGCCUGAUUUGUGUUCCGUGUCCUUCGCAUGAAGUAUGUCGCAGAAGGGCCAGAAACGACCAAAUCGUACCGAAAAUGAAGGACCCCCGCCGAAUAAGAAGCGAAAGGGCCGGCCCACGGUUUCGUCCCUGGAGGACGACAACUCGCUCACCUCCAAUACCGGUGGGCCGACGACACCAACCAAGAACUGGCAACCGCGGGCGGUCAUCGACCUCAAGAUGUCCAGCAUCUAUAACCGUACUGCACCGGAAGCACCGGCUGAACUGUUUAGGAAAGAUCUUAUUAGUGCUAUGAAGCUUCCCGAUUCCGAACCGCUCGCGGUCGACGAGUACUGGGUCAUCAAUGACCAGUGGAAGCAGGAGUGGGAGCGUGGUGUACAAGUUCCGGUAAAUCCGGACUCGCUGCCGGAGCCUUCCGUGUCCUAUCUGCGGGAAAACUUCUACAAGAAGCGGCAAGAUUUUAAACUUCCCAAAAACAAAUACAUUCGAAUAACCAAGGACGAAUCGUUUUCGCACGAUCAACACUACUUAUCCAACACACCGGCCAUUUCCGAACAGGUUUGUUACUACGACCUGGAUCAGUGUGACGAGGCAUGGUUGAAAAUUUUCAACGGAGAACGGAAUCUAGCAGGACUGGUGCCGGUGACGGAUGAACAGUUCGAGAGGGUCGUUGAAGAACUAGAGGUUCGAUGUUGGGACAAGAUCCAAUCGAUUAUGAAAACGGAAGAGGGUCUCGGCAUCGAGUAUGACGAGAAUGUAAUAUGCGAUGUCUGUCGGUCGCCGGAUUCGGAGGAAGCUAACGAGAUGGUGUUCUGUGAUAAUUGCAAUAUUUGCGUGCAUCAGGCCUGCUACGGCAUAACCAAUAUACCGUCCGGUCAAUGGCUGUGUCGAACGUGUUCGAUGGGACAGAAGCCGGACUGCGUGCUCUGUCCGAACAAGGGUGGCGCCAUGAAAUCGACGAGAUCUGGCCAGAAGUGGGCCCACGUCUCCUGUGCCCUGUGGAUUCCGGAAGUCAGCAUAGGUUCGGUGGACCGAAUGGAACCGAUCACCAAAAUUUCCAGCAUCCCGGCAAGCCGAUGGGCCCUGAUCUGCGUGCUUUGUAGGGAACGGGUCGGCGCCUGCAUCCAGUGCUCGGUGAAGACCUGCAAGACGGCGUACCACGUGACAUGCGCUUUCCAGCAUGGCCUGGAGAUGCGAGCUAUCAUCGAGGAUGAGAACGCGGAAGACGGGGUGAAGCUGCGCUCGUAUUGCCAGAAGCACGGCGUCAACAAAGGUAAACGUGGUGACCAUAGAAAUCCUAGCGCUAACGCCGGCACCGACACCGAAGAAGACAACGGCAGCAAUGCCGGGGGUGGUGCUAGUGGUGGUGGAGGUGGUGGGGAAAUCAAACGUCGUAAGCGUAAAGAUAUGACUUCCGAAGAACGAAACCAGGCCCGAGCGCAACGUAUGCAGGAAAUCGAGGCCGAAUUCGACAAACAUGUUAGUGUUAAAGAUAUAAGUUGUCAUUUGUUAGAUGUUGAUCAAGAAGCAAUUCAUUACAUUUACAACUAUUGGGUUUUGAAACGUAAGUCCGGUCAUAAUCGUCCGCUUUUGCCACCGAAAUCUGAUGAAGUUGAUAUGGUUGCGCAGAAUCAAGAGCAAGCUGACGACCUGGAGAAGAUGAAAAUGUUUGUCCACCUACGGCAAGACUUGGAAAGGGUUAGAAAUCUUUGUUACAUGGUUAGUAGGAGGGAAAAACUGUCCCGAUCUUUCUUCAGAAUGAGAGAGCAAACGUUUCAUAAGCAGGUUGCGGCUCUUACUGGGCGGACUAGCGAAAAGAAGCCCCUUGAUGAAUCCACCAUUGACGUUAUUAUGCAGGCGAACCAUGGUCCUACGAUAUAUGAUAGACUAUAUUCAAGUGAUUCCGUUAGUAAUAGGGCAGUGAUGAGUUUAGAGGAUAUGUUAGAGCGUAUUAUUGGUGUACAUAGUAAUAGCAACGCUGCUACUAGCAGCAGUAAGAUAAACAACCGCAAACAGCAAAACGACAAGGGUAAGGACAAGGACAAGGACAAGGAGGAAGCCAACGCUAGUAGUACCAACAAGAAGGUGGCCGAUGUUAACGGUAUUAACAAGGCUGCCGUUGUUCAGCGACAAUUGCCCAACAAGCAAGAAAACAUCUACAAACGGACGUACAUCAAUGGUGCCGCCAGGCGAAGUUUGAGUGACAUUUCAAGUGAAAGCGACACUCGCUCGAGACGGAACAAGAGUACGAGUGCGAGUUCUACUGAAGAGGAAAAUGCAAAGAAAAUUUCUCCUCCGGCAGCUCGGAAGAAAGGUCGACAAACAAAGGCAGCAGAUCGAAAAAGAAGGAAAGUUAGUUCAUCGGCCGAAAAGAAUCGUAACAACUCGAUGGAAAGCUCAAGCGAUGAUGAAGUCAACGAGAGAAUCAAAGGUUCGACUGCCUUGGCGUCGGGCGUCGAUACACAAGCCAAGAAAACCACUCCUCAAUCGCGAAAUGCAUCCCUCCGGCAGAUGGAACGCGAACUCGUCGACGAUCGUAUGCAUUUAUCGGAUUCAAAUGACAGCGAUGAGAUAGUAUCUAUUAUUUCUCGUGGCGCUCCGGCUUCCGGCAACAAUGCAUAUGUUGGCAACAAAAAUCAACCGAUUUACUCCGACUCGGACAGCACCGACAAGGACAAGACUGAUAAUACAGCAAGUGAUUCGCAACAGCAUCCCUUCCGUACCAAAGCAGCAAUGAAAGAGUUUAAUCUUGCAGAAGCGGAUCGGCUUAAACAGAAAUCGGUUUCCCCUGUAAAACCAAAUAAAACGACUGCAGUACAUAAUGCGACCGUAAAUGCGACUCCAACGGUUGCGUCUAAAACUGACCCUAAAAAGUCUACACCUUCCACUGAACCGAAUGUUGCAUCAACGGCGACGAGUGGUAGCACCAGUAGUGGCUAUGCAUCAGCAAAUAAAGCCAACACUAAAGAAAGUAGCGCACCCGGUCGGCGGAAACAGAACCAAGAAAAGGAAGCGGUCAGCACGACAAAACAACAACAAAAUAAAAAAGAAUUUAUGGCCGAUUUUAUGGUUGUACCUCAACGUGAAGCUGCCAAGAAAGCUUCCGAGAAUCUAAUGAAAACUAACGUUGUUCCACCCCCUGUGCAAUCAUCCUCGCAGCAGCAGCAACAACAACAACAACAACCACCGGCGGUAACGAGAAAAGAAGCGAAAGAGAAUCGAGAAGCAGCAUCCAGUAGUAGCAGCAGUAGCAGUAGUAGUAGUUCAAGCAGUAGCAGUAGCAGUGGUAGCACAAGUUCCAUCAGUAGUACUGGAAGCCAUAGUAGUAACAGCAGCAGCACAAGUAGCAGCAGUGGAAUCAGUACCGGCAGUGGCACUAAGGAUCAAGAUUCCAGCAAAUCUUCUGCAGCAGCCAGUAGUAAAACUGUCAAAGAGAUUACCUCAGAAGCGCCACCGAAAGUUUCAGCUACAGCUGCUAAGCGGAACACUUCUAAAGCAGUCAAACAGUCUCAAACGGCACAGCCAUCAGAACCAAGCCUUAAGGCAGCUAAUCUGGAGAAAGAAGCACGGCAAUCUGACCGUGAGAAACGCGAGAAGAUUGCAUCCAAAGAACGUACGUUGCAAAAAGAACGAGAUGAUCAGGAUAAGGAUAAACCUACAUCUGAGAAAUCACGUGACUCCGCUAAAGAACUUUCGACCGCAGAUAUUUUGACCUACGUACCACAACGGCAAGCUGCUAGGAAAGCAGCGGAGCAGUUAAAAAGUGGAACUACCAAACCGUCAGAUGCUCCUGCUACGCAAGGUUCUGUUCCUGUUGUUGAGGAACGCCAAACGAAAGCUUCAGCCAAGAUUCCAGCAGUCGAAGAACGACAAACGAAGGCAUCGACUAAAGCAGCACCUCUUUCGUCAGCUAAAAAAGAAGAAAAGAAACUUUCCACUCCAUCCAGUAGCUCUAGCUCGGAAACUAGUUCAUCCUCAUGUUCCAGCACCAGCAGCUCGGGCUCGGAUAGCGAUGAAGAUGAGGAAGAUAGCAUCAGCAACAAGAAGACGCUAUCGAUCCCACCAACCAAAGCUACGGCUGCGGGUUCGAAAGUUGGUUCGUCAGCAUCAAUUGUUGGUGGUAAAACGGCUACAGCCGCUGCUCGUAAAACAGAUCGACAGAUGCCUUUUCUUGACAAGAGUAAAUCUUCCGAUUCUGGUACCAGUUCUUCCUCAUCUGACAGCGAUUCCGACUCAAGCAGUUGUCAAAGUGAUGACUCGUCGCGAUUGCAAACGAAAAGUGGAGGUAAUCGACGUAAAUCAGUCUCAUCUCGGCGAGGCUCUAGUCCUAAGAAACAAAUCAAUCGAAAGGAAACGUCCGAAUCUAUCUCUAACAAAAAAGGUUCCACAAAUUCAACAACAACAACAACAACUGCGGCUGCAACCACACGUGCAGCUGAUAAAAAUCCAAUUGCCGCUAAAAGAGAACAGUCUCCACCAGUGGCAGCUGCUGAACCCUCCAACAAAACCACCGACAAGGUUAGUAGCACAAAACCACAACCACAGAGUAAGACAUCAACCGUACCCAAUGAGCCUCAACCAUCAGCUAGCGGCGGCAUUGAGGCCGCAAAAUCGAGUUCAUCAACAACUUCACCCAGCGUCAAGGACAAAAUGUCUAACGAUCGGUUCCGAGCUGUUGACAUGCUCAAAUCGGGAGAUAAUUCUAAGAGUACCGCUAGCAGCAAAGUAAUGCCCAGCAGGCGAAACUCGUGCUACGUAUCUCCUAAUGCAGUCAAACCAUUAUCGGAGGAAAACACUACGGCAAAGGGUGGUGCUACUAAACCGGUGCCACUUCGGAACCGACGAAAGUCUGUGUUCGUGGAUCGUGAUUGGGAAAAGAAGGAAAACGAACGGUUAAUUGCAGAGGAGGCAGAGAAAACUAUCCGGGAGGCUCAACAACAAAGAAAACUAGAAGCGGAAAAAACUGAAAAAUCUGUAUCCGCCAAAGAGAAGUUUGUUGAGCCAAUGCCAGCAGUUUUAGAGAAGGAAACUGUUCCCCCUGUUGGAAUUAGUGUAAUUGAAGCAGUUGCGGCAGCAGUUGUUGAAACUUCACAACAAAUAGAAACGGAAGCAGUUAAAACGGGCGAUGUGAAACAAGGCAGGAGUAGUAGUCGUUCGAAACGAGUUAACUCUAAAAUUGAGGAAAAAGAAAAAGAGGAUAUCAUUCUCAUCGAUGAUUCUUCAUCCAAGAGCACCGGAGAUAAGAAAGAUGAAGUGGGAGUUGUACCUACGGCGAAGAAGAUACCGGAGCUAGAACAAACUUUACCUGCUAGUGUAGAGGAGAGUAGUGUAAAAGAUGAAAAGGUCCACAAUCAGUCAGAAAUCGUCGGCAAAGAAGUAGUUAGUAUUGAAGAUAAGAAAGAAAAAUACUCAGCAAGUCCAAACGAUAAUAGUAGAACAACUGUUAAGGAAGCAAUUGUUGAAAGUGUAGAAACCAAAAAUGAUAUUAAAGAACCGAAAGAAGACACUAAGAACGAAGGAACUGAUAGAAAGGAAGAAAUGAAUCUUCCACCGGUGGUCCCAAAGGACAAAACAAAAGAUCUGCUGGCAGAUAGUAAAAAGGAUAUCGAAAUCAUUUCAUUGGUUGACGAUUCUCGGUCAAAUGAUGGAAGAGAUGUGGUAAUCGUUGAUGAUGGUUCGAACGACACAAAAACAGAGAAAACGGAAGCGGAAGUUAAGGUAGAUAAGAAAAAGGAUGAUGGAUGCACGUUACCAAUCAAUACGGAAAUUACUUCAGUCGAUGUUCCAUCAACUGAUGUAACAAUUGAUCAAGAGGAGAAAAAGCAAUUCGAGCUUGAGUCAUUGGCAAUGGCAGCGGUGCCGCCACCACCUGUUACAUCUUCAGCUUUCUCUGUAAGCUCCACGAGCGUUGAUAACAUUCCACCUACCACCAAUAGUAUGAGCAACAUCAUGAACAACUUCACCAAUAGCAGUAGUAGUAGUAGCAGUAAUAAUAGUAACAACAACAAUAACAACAACAAUACGAGCAAUACUUCUGCCACCAAAGACACAGGCUUGAAUGCUGCCGGUGGUGCUUUAUCGAUAUUUGAUUUACUUUCUGAGUCGGAUACAUUUGGCUUGAAUCCGCCCCUGAAUUUCCCAUUCAUGGAAGACUGCAAGGAAGACACCCAACGAGAAACGCUGAAUCUAGUGGAAAAGUUGCGUCAGAAGUACAAGAAGGGAUCCGUCGGUGGGCACGAUGCAAAGCAGGACGAGUCCAAAGAUUCACGUUCUUCUGAUAUCAUUUCACUGGACGACGAUGGUAAACUAUUUGAAACUGGUGCUCAGGCAGCACUCGAUUUCAAUGCUACGAAAGACAUUCCUGCUAUAGCUCAAGCUUUGGAAAAGAGUAAGCCUAUGUCGAACAAUGACUUGGACUACUUCAGUAAAUUUCGCAUAAGUGCAGACAUUUUAGCAUCACUACCCAUCAGUAAAAAGAGCUUGAAAGAAGAUCAUAUGGACCAUCUGGCCAGUCGACCCUCAGACGAGCGGUGGGUUCCUCCAUCUUUGUUGCCAGAUGUUACUGCUACUCAAUCACAUCAACAAUCAACGCAACAACAACAAGUUCCUUCAACCUUGGGCGGUGAAAGUCGAGGUUUGAUACAUCAACAACAGCAAACGCAACAACAACAACAACAACAGUCGCAACCAACUCAACCUCCAAGUUGCAUGGAAGCCGCAGCUGGAUUACUCAACAACCAAUCUGUCGGGACCAAUCAGCAGAAACAAUCCGCACACAUGGGUCCACAAGUGCCCGGUUUGUUCGAUAAUAUCGUUCAACAGCAGACAAACCAUCAUCAUCAAUCACAGCACCCGCAUCUGGAUGACAUUAAUCAGUUGCAAGGGUUAGACUUUAUGCAGACGAUCAAAAGUGUGGCGGCGAAUUCAAAUGAAGCUACCUCACUUCUAUUUGAAAAUCUCCAACAACAGCAACAACCACAAUCGCAUUCUCAGCGACGGUGGAACGAAAUGAUGCCACCAAAUCAGAAGAAACAUGAAUGCUCUGUUAUGCAGGAGAAGGAAAACAUGCUGUUGAAGCAGCAGCAGCAACAGCAACAUGAUCUGAAUGCCAACAAUCACCGUAACAAGCUCAAUGAUCUCAACAAUUUUAUGGAAAUAAGUCAGCUGGCACAAGCACAAGGACCACAACAGCAACACAAUACAACAACCAAUAGUGGAAUGAAUCCCCUGGAGCAGUACAACUACAACCAGACUACUCAAUAUCCGGGAGCAGUGGCGCUUUUUCCACCCACCAACGUACAAGUUCCAUUUCCCUCACCAGGUACGGCAAUGUUCCCACCGAAUUUCGCCCCCAACUUUCAAUCGAGUAAACAGCAACAGCAGCAGCCUCAUCAUCCUAUGUUGCCAACUGCAGGAGCUGGCGGUCAACAACAGCAGUCUCAAUCCCAGUCGCAGAACCAACAGCAGCAACAACCACAUGGAACCAAACCAGAUGAUAUGGUGGUAGGAAAUAGCAUGUUUACCAAUCCAUCUCAUAAUCUAGGCAUGACGGAUGCUAUAGUUUCACCUCCAACUCCUCAACAGCAGCAGAAACAGCCCAUGACUCCGCAAAUGACAGAUAAUAUGUCUUCACCGCUCGCUGCUAUGGUUUCACCUGGAAACCAACAGCAGCAACAGCCAACGCCGGAGCAUAACUUCAUGAUGAAUCAUUCACCUGCAAUGAUGGCGGGACCACAAACACCACAAAUGCAACAGCAGCACACACCUCAACGAGAUGGUUCCAGUAUACUGCAAUCGCUCGAUCAAAACAGUGUUUCCAAGAAGUCUCCUGCUAAAUCAUCCAGAUCGUCGUCCCGUAUUCAGCAGAAUCAAUCUCAUGACGCCGGUUUGGGUCAGAUGAAGUCACCAGCAAACAUUAGUCCUGGUAAGAGUCCAAAAACCUAUGAUCCCAAGCCUAUUCCGCAGCAACAGCCACCUUUGCUAGUGAAGCCACUAAAACCUGAAGGCGGGGGUGCGAAACGAGGUCCCAGAGGACCUCGUGGCGGUGGUGCAAAUCAAGGCUCUCGCGGUGGAAUGUCAACCCGAGGUAAAAAUGGACGGCAAUCGCGUGGAGGGCGACAGCCAAUUAAUUUCAUGCCACAGCUGCCUCAUAACGAUUACAAUGAUUUUAUGGGCGGUACCAUACAUAACAAAUUAAUUGGAACAGUUUACGAUCCUGAUUUCGAUGACGAUUUAGCCUGUAACAGUAUGGAAAAAUUGCGAGAUAUGCGAGAUAGACGACGAUCGAUUGACUGUCGUAUGUCGGAUUCUUACCGAACUUCCCGAGAACCUUCCAAAUCGCCAAAGUUUCCGGGUUUGAAUUUGUUCCCGUCAACAGCAAGCGGUAUUGGAGGUAAAUCUAAUCGCAAUUCUUUCACACCAAGCUCCAUGCCAAGUGGGUUGAGUUCAUCGUUGGUUUCAGGUGCAGAUAGCGUAACGCAGCCGAGUGUUUCCACAAGUUUACAGGAUAUGGUGCAAACGGUGCUUCCGGGUCCGGUUGAUAUGCGAACUUAUAGCAGCGGGUUUGAUUCAUCAGCAAAUACUGAUGCGUACAAUAACCAUUUGUUAGGUGCCUUCGCUAGUGGUACGGCCGAUCAGACGCUAGCCGAUCUCGAUGAAGAUAUGGAGAACGAACUGCAGUCGGCACUGAAAGCAAGCAACAGCAAGGUGGACACUACUCCGCCGGCUUCGGUGGCAAUCGCUCCAUCGGUUGUUGCGAUAUCAGAAAGCUCUAGCACUUCCAUGACCUCAACAACGACCACAUCGACGAGUUUGACCACAGCUACAAGUGCUGGUAUCGCUCCAACAUCGCUACCUGUACUGCCGGAAGCUAUAGAAAUUCCCCAGGAGGAAACCAACGAUUUCGAUAUCAUUACAACUAAAGUUUCGCUAUCGGAUUCACGGAAUAUCAUGAAACUCAAGAUAAAAGGUCCCCUUGCACAGUUGGAUAAUAGUUCCUCGUCGUCUACAGCCACGUUACAACAGGCGAGUGUAUUGGACCCUAGCCUAAAUGCCCCGAUGAUGUCGAACUCUAUGGGUGUUAAUGUUGGUGCAGGCUCGUCCAACUUGCGACGGAUGAGAAAGAAAGAAUUGUUGCGGCAAUACUGGACUCAGGAUAUGAACCAUGAUGAUCAGACAGGUUUCCAGGUGGUGGAUCAGAAUCCCAACCUCUCGUUGAAUCCGUCCAUCAGUCGAACGGUAGGCAUUCCGAAAGCAAUGGAUUCGCUGUGCACUAUACCGACAAAGGAUGAUUACAAGGAUUACGGUGGAGUCGAUUUCAAGAAACGGCGAAAGCUUUCAUCCAACAUGUCGAGAGAGUUGCGAGGAUUGGUACCGACGGAACAUGAGAUUAUGGCACGACGUCAAAGCGUCGGUUCCACUGGCAGUAACGGAUCAAACAGCAAUCUUGCUUCGGACAUUUCACCAGUAGCUAAAAGACGAUCCAGAAACAAUCGUACGGCCACGGUAACAACCGUUAAUCAGCCGCAGGCGGCACCGAAACUUAAGAUUAAGUUAGGAUCGGACAUGGUGGAAGCGUCCGGUGGAUCAUACAGCGAUAGAAUAAGACCACCUAAGAAACGUCUUGCGACGAUAGUGCCACCUACUCUUGAGGAUUUGAGGCGGGACGCGUUGAUGUACGCUGAACAGAUGAUGUUUGAUGACGAAGAAGGAGGUCGGAAGAAACGGCACAAAAAUAAGGACAAAGAACGUGAUCGAGAGCACAAGAAGCGAAAGAAGGAGAAAAAACACAAAAAGGAUAAAGGCGAAAAGGAGGAGAAAAUAGAAAUCGUGAAAACUUCAGACGAUGCUCCAAGGAUAGUGAUUCGACUUGGCGGUAGAAAACCUCAAUCCGACGAAACUAUGAGUGUUCCUAUGCCGGAAGCAACGCUUAGUGGGCAAAACACUCCAGAAAUAGACCCUCUAGCAUUAGAUCUGGCAGAGCUGCACAAUUCCAACGACAGUAGCAAUUGUAGCAGCAACGUCAUGAAGCCUUUGAUUACUCCGAUCCGAUUAAAAUUGGCAAGAAGCUCUUCUGGUGGAGGUUAUGUUAUGUCAUCCAAGAACAGUGGUCGUAGCGGAGAAACCAGCAAUAGGUUACCAGAAGGAUGCGAAGAAACCAAAACGUUGAAUAUUGUUCUACCUAAGCUGGAGCUGGCCAAAUUCAAUCUGCCCAAAUUCAAUCUGAGUACUAAGAAAGCGAUAAGCGAGAAAAUAGGUUCUACCAAGUCAACUCCUACUAGUCUACAACCAAUUGUGCCAACAACUGUGGACGCGCUAGAUAAUAGCAGUGCCAAAGCAACAUCCGGUGAAAGUCACCACGCAUGGGAUUCAGGAGAAGCCGACUUGUUGGGUGCCGCCAUGUCCACUUUCUCAUCAAUUUCGUCAUUUGCCAUGAACGCAACCACCAACCCGCUUUCAACUUCAACCUCAAAUUCCACUGUGUCAGCUACCGUAGCAGAAUCGUCAAUGUCUUUCAGUCAUCUUGCCGCCAGUGAUGGGACUUCGUCGGCGUUCAAUCCUUUCGGAUUGCCUGGAUUGUCUCAACAACAUCAACAAUCCGUCGUUCCACAACAAAAUCAGCAACAACCACAGCAGCAGCAAAAGCAGCAAGAUUUGACCACUAGCAAAGACUGUGAAGUGAGAUGACAGUUUGUGUAAAUAGUCACGUUCCUGUGGGAAAAUAAUUCCCGUUUUUUGUCGCUCCAUGCACGAUCUCGGCGCGGAUGCUGGCGGCGCAUGGAAUCAACAGUGUUGUGUAAAUUGUUUUCCUUUUUGUUUAUUUACCUGCCUGCCGAUGAUCAUUUCCUGUUGGUCUAUGUGUGUGAAUCAGAAUGUUUGCAAGUUUUGUUAUUACCCUUUACUCAAAUGUGUCUUUCAAAUGCUCUCCUGGGGCGUCAGGAAGAUGAUGUUUUAGGUAGAUGAAAACUGUGAAUGGGAAAUAUUUUCUCUAAUUCUAUGAUUGUAUUAUACUCUGUGUAGCUUUUCUGCAGCAGACAAGAUCUUCCUAUGUUUCCUUGUGAGAUAGAGAUAAAGAAAGAAAUAUUGAAGUAUGUGAGUUUAUUAUGUUUUUGAUGUUUAUUUUUUAGAUUUUAUAGAGAAGAAAGCCGAAAAACCAUUUGUUCAAAUUCGACACCCACGCAGUUAGCGAUAAGACAACCAAUACCUAGGCACAUACAAUCUAUACAUCUGUAAUUGCAUACAACAUAGAGUUUUAACUGAAUCAAAAAAUGUGUAAAAAUUAAUUUAACAGCAAAUGAAAUGCAUAACCGAAACAGUAGUAGUAAACCUUCUAAAGUUUAUGAAGAGUAAUUUAGUUAAAGCAAAUAAAAUAAAACUGAAACCAGUAAAUGAAACAUGUAGUUUAUAGUGAACACACAGAGGAGCGUAGUUUAGAGAAACAGGAUAGCCGUUCCUGGGACCUUGUUUUCGCAAUUCUAAAAUAUACACCAGCCGAACAAUCUUGGAACAAUUCUACGAUGACAGAAGUACUGUGUUGCAAUCCGAACUGAUCUGUAUAUUGUGGCAUGAAUUGAUAAAGAUGUCUAUUUGAUAUGACGAGAGGAAUUGCUCUGCGAAUCGUUAGGAGCUAAUACAUCAUUAAAAUCCUGAUCUCGUUAAUAGAAACAAAAAAACCUGUCUUGUUCUCGAGGUGGCAAAAGCGUACUAUCUAAAAUAAUAAGAAUCUAAAACUGUAUCCGACUUACUAUCCUCAUCCUAAGAUCGUAACGAAAGAACCUGCUGGGCGCGGGAAACGACCAGUGGUAAAUCUUGAUACCAACACUGUGUACAUAUUAUAUAAAUAACUAACAAAACACGAUUCAUUACUGCAUCAUCUGAAAGAUAACCGAUUUCGGUUCGUGCAGAACUAAACGAAACGUAAAUCAAACACUGCUCCACUGAAAACGGUAUCACACUUUGUAUAAAAUAAAAAAGCGAAAAAACUAAGCUAAUUAUAAUCCUAAUAUGUUUUUAUAUAUUUAAGCAAGGAGGAAUCAUUUGUUUAAAAAAAACGUGAAAAGUGAGAUUGUGAAAUGGGAAACGGGCAGAUCAGAUCGUUGAUCUGUUGACGUGUUAGUGUACAGUAGUAGCAAAUAAAAAAGUGAAACAUUAUAAUGCUUCACAAUCUUUAAAAAGAUCUAGGGACAACACAUUAGGUAAAAUGAGUUAUGUGACUUUAUAACAAAAUAAAAACAAAAUAGCAGAGAAGGAUUUAAUCUUAUAAGUGAAAUACGCGAUAAGGUUCAACAAAAUAGAUCCACAGCGAUAACCCCCGAUUAGUUACGAUUAGUAUUAAUUUUCGUGUCGUAAUACCAACCAAUACCCUACUUUAAUUUGUCCAAGAAAACUAUUUAAUUUAUUUAUAUGAACACAAUCCGGAAACCCCCUUAUCGCAUAGGGUUAGUUAACAUGUGUAAACUAUAGAGGAAGACAUGAAAAUUUCGAAACCUAGCAGAUAGAAAAACCAUUAACAGAAUGGUGAAUGAUGAUCGUUUGUUUUUUUUGUAUUCGUAUGAAAACAGAACCACACCACAUGAAUUGGUUACAAAAACGCGUGUUGACUAAAUGAAUCGUAACUAUUAAUGUAUUAUAAUACCAUUAAAUCUAAACAAAAGAAACACAGGACAAAGUUUAACUGUAUAUCUGAGAAUUAAAGUGCAUACAAAAUGCGAUGCGAAAGUAAUAGGCAAAUGAUAUGGAAUGGUGAACAACAAAGCAUAGUUUAAGGAAACGUGUACCGACGAGGUGCAAGCAAACGGUAAUUUGUAAAAAAUCUCUCUUAGUUUCAUACAUAGAACAAGUAAAUGUCAAAUAUCAUGUAACAAAGCAUUAUUAUUAUUGCAAAAACAACAAAACCUGAAGGAAAUUCAGUUGUAGGGAAAGCGCGAAUCGCAAAGAUUAAUCCAUUCAAAACAAACAAAAACGCAAUAUAUUUUUAUUUUUUAUAUUUAAUUUCUUUCAAAUCUCUGUAAAUUAUGAAAAUUUACAACAAAAUAAAUAUAAAUAAAUUAUUCUUAAAAAUACAUAAUUGAAAAAUGAAAUAAUCCAAAA